CUUUGAGUCGCGAUAAUUCUUCUUCCACAUCGAUAACAGUCGUUGCUUUGUCACAAUAUGUAUAACGGAAUAGGGUUACAAACUCCAAGAGGGUCUGGUACCAAUGGGUACAUUCAGAGCAACAAGUUCUUCGUCAAGCCGAGAACUUCCAAGGUUGCUGAGAACAUGAAGGGCUUUGAAGGAGAUCAGGGUACUGCUGGUGUUUCCAGAAAGGCUAACAAAGAGAUUCUUGAGCAUGAUCGUAAGCAUCAGAUUCAGCUCAAACUUGUUAUUCUUGAAGACAAGUUAAUUGAUCAGGGUUAUACUGAUGCUGAGAUCGCUGAGAAACUCGAGGAGGCUCGCAAUAGCUUGGAGGCUGCAGCUGAUGAAAAUGAUUCCAAUUUGGACAAGGUUUCUGAUACACAGACUCAUCAAAUUGCUGCUAGAAAGGAAAGGCAGAUGGAAACAUUGAAAGCUGCUCUUGGCAUAGUUUCAUCUGAAGCUAAUGAAUUAAAUGCAGAAGGGAAUGAUGAGGGGCCUGACAAUGAAGGGAAAGAUGUAAUUCAAAAAGAAGAAACUACUAAGAAAAAGGGUGUUAAAGACACAAAGCACCACAAGAAGGGUGGGACUCUCAAGAAAAAGUACAAGGAUGAUUCAUCCGAUUCAGAUAGCAGUACGGAUGAUGAGAAGACAGGUAGAAGGAAGCACAGUAGGGUUGAUACUGACAGUAGUGAUCGAUCUGAUUCUGAUAGUGAUGCUAAGAGGAAGGUCAAGGCCAAAAAGAAGCAAAAGACAUCUAAGCACCACAAGAAAGGCAGGGUGGAGGACAGUGAUGAUACUGAUUUUAGUUCUGAUACUGAUGACAGCAUCCGUGCAAGAAAAAGUAAUAAAAAACCAGAAAAGGCUAGUAAGAGGCAUGAUUCAGAUGGUGAUUCUGAUCAUCAUGAAGUCUUACCUAGGCAUAAGACUAAAGAAGUGGAGGGACAUAUGAAGAUGAGCAAACGUUAUGAUUCCGAAGAGGAAUCUGAUGCUGAUAGUGAGGAAGAGAAACAUGGUAGACUUGAGAAGCAGAAAACGAGAAGGUAUGGUUCUAUUAAUGAGGACUCUGGUAGAGUCGGUGUUAAGCAUGCUUCAGGACAAGACAAACGUGUUAAAAGGCGAUCAUACUCUUCCUCUGAUGAGAGUCGCAGUGAUAGUGAUUCGGGCAGCAGUGAUAGUGAUCGCAGGUAUGAAAGAACUAGAAAAAGUGGGGUUGUAGCAAAGAGAGGUCUACCAAAGAAGCAAAUAAAUGUCAGAGGUAAUGCUGCCGAAAAAGAGAAAAAUAGUGCUAAUGUUGAUGGAUUGGAUUCUUUAAGAAAAUCUUAUAGGAGAGAUUAUAAAGAGGGUUCAAAUUCUAGAAGUCAGGCAAUUGCAAAGGGUGACAAGAUUGAUGAAGACAGAGAUAGGGAGACUGUCAAAUUGGCUAAGCAUGGUGGAGAGGAUAGGAAGUUUGGUAAAAUAGAGUCUGAGUCAAAAUCUCGAAUUUAUCAAAAUGAAAAUCAAGAAAGAGAUGAUUAUUCUAAGUCAGCUAGGCUCGGAGGGAAUGAUAAUGAAACUGAGCGGAGAGGCAGAAAUUAUAACAGGGAUGUUGAAUCACAAUCUGUUGGACGAAUUGAUCAGAAUAGGGAGGAUUAUGACACAAGAACAAAAGGAAGAAAUGAUAAUGAUUAUAAAAAGGAUCAAGAUGACCAUGGAGAAAAAAAACAUGGAAGGAAUGAAUAUGACCGCACAGGAAGAAAGCAGUUAAGGGAUGAGGAUGGUUCAAAAGAUCGAGUGCUUAAAAGGGAUGGGGAAGACCAUCCUGAGAAAAAGAGCUUAAGAGAUGAGGAUGGUCGUGGAGAGAGAAAACAUGGAAAUGAUGAAGAUUAUCCUACAGGAAGAAAGCACUUGAGGGAUAGACAAUAG